AUGACUUGCGCCUCCAACAAUCUCCUUAACUCGGUUGACUAAAUGCCAAUCGGUCUGCCUGCCCUUUCUCCUUCCUCUUGUAACCAGACUCCGGCUCCCCCGAGUCAGUGAAGGAGGGCUCCGGAAACAUGUUUGGAUUAAAGACUCCACACUUCUACCUCCCAGGUAUGAACCAUGAAUCCAAUAAAUCACCAUCGUUAGGAAUGAUUUCCUCAGGAACUCGUACUACAGCCACAGUCAGUCCCCUCAGUCCGCUAACCAAUGGGAACACAGCUGGCCAGUCUGCGAACUCCGGAUUUGCCGCUGCCCUGCGUAAACUGGCUAAACAGGCAGAGGAUCCCAGAGGUUCUGUUCUCAGCGGCGAGUCGUCUCCAGUCUCUUCCCCGGCCACCAGCCACAGCUCGCCGGUCACCACCCCUAAGCGGAGCUCCUUAGGGCCCUUCUUAGGCCAGAGCAGGAGCCACGGUGUCCCGAGCGCGCCCCCCGUGGUCACCAUCGCCCCCACCAAGACCAGCAACGGCCUGUGGAGGGCCGACGGACGACAGGUUGAGCCAAGCGUUCAGGGACUCAGCAGGGAGCGGGUAGGAGCUGAAAACAGCCAGCCGCAGCAGGAUAAGAGGACACCGCCCAUCAUUUCAUCUCACCCGCUGGCUCAUUCAUUUGGCCACACCCCUAGCAGCAUCAUGCAAGACCCCCGAUUACAAAGCAUAAGUUUGCCCGGGCAGAUGCACCCCGUGGUUCCCUCGGGGGCAGUUCCAGAGGAGUACCUGCGAGCUCUCCGGCCUUUCGCCACCUCAGACGAACUCCGACUGACCUCUCUGCCCCUGAGUCUCGACCCUGCUGCUGCUGCGGCUCAUGCCGCCGGCGCUGCUGCUUACUAUCACCCCGCCUACCUCCAUCACCAUCUGUCUUUACCAAGGAUGGAGGAGUCCCUGUGUCUUUCUGCGCUGCGGUCGCAGUUCUACUCUGUGCCUGCAGGAGGCACUUUCCCUCUUCAUCCUUCUACCCUCCACUUGCACCUGCCUGGAGGUCAUUACCCUGGAGAAAUGAACCACAACGCCUUGUCUGAGAGGCUGCAGAUGGAGAAUGAGCUCCGCCAGCGUGAGAGAGAGCAGGAGCGUGAACGAGAGAAAGAACGGGAGCGCGAGGCUGGGCUGGAGCGGGUGCGAGAGGAGGAGCGCGAGCGAGAGCGCGAGAGGGAGCUGGACAGACAGAAGGAAAGGCAGAGGGACAGACAGCAGCAGAUGGUCAGAGCGGCGGAGAGCCACUACCUGGCUGACCUGCAAGCUCGGAGGGGGGCACUGGAGGAGAGGACCAGACCAGGAGGGAGGCUGACCCCAAACAGGCCGGAUAAAACGAAGGAGUCGGACCACCCGGGCUUCCCGUCACUAAAGCCACUUCCCCUGCAGCCUGGCCUUCACAUCUCCAGACCAUCUGUCCCACACCCAGUACCGAGCCUGUUGCCUUCCCACCUGGGGAAGCAUCGUGCUACCGGCUCUGGGGGGAUUCACGGAGCUCUGGUAGCUGCAAUGAUGACUCAAAGAGCCAGCGACGAGGCCUGGUUAAUGCAGCACCGAGCACAAGGGCACGACAGGGAGGGUCCGCUGGAGGGGGGCCUCAGGUCACCUGGGAAAGGAGUGGAGCCCAGAAAAGAAAGCCAUAGACACAAUUUGGUCUACCCCAACCCAGGCAGCAAGGAUGUCCCCCCCUGCCUCGGGGCUCCACCUCCUCUUAUCUCCCCUAAAGGUCCCAAUCACCCUCCUGCUCCUCCCACUACACUUUGGAACCCGGCGUCUCUUGUCGACACACCUGCAGACUCCCGCAGGAAGCUCAACGCCCCUACACCGCCCACUCGACCGCCCCCGGGUCUGACCAGGGCCGACAGACCUCCGAUCAGCUGGGGGGAAAGGAUGGACGAUCGAGGUAGGAGGACUGCAAAAAGCCCAGAGAGAUACCCUUCACUGAGGGCGGCGAGUCUGCAGGAGUCCUGGAACAAGAGCGAGGAGGUUCGAGCCAUGCAGGGCCUGUUCCCUCGGCAUCAUAUCAAUAACCGCCACCACAGACCUUACGCUCCCCCGUCUGGCCAGGGUGACCAGGGGGCUCGGUGCCAGGUGGCCUCUCCGUCUCUGCUGAGGGAGCAGCAGAGACGGCCCCCCGACAAGAUGCUUGUUUACGACGAGGUCCUCCAGCAGCAUCGGCGCCUGCUCAGCAAACUUGACCUGGAGGAAAGGAGAAGGAAGGAAGCGAGAGAGGGAGGUUAUUACUAUGACGUGGAUGAGUCAUAUGAUGAGAGCGACGAGGAGGAGGUUAAAGCUCACCUGAGGAGGGUGGCAGAACAGCCCGCACUCAAACUGGACAUGUCCUCUGAGAAAGUGGAUUUCCUCCGUUUGUGUGGUCUGACAACGGUGGCACGUCGCGAUGAGAUUGUGGCUCAGAAGAGGAGGAAGAGGAGGAGGAUGAUGAGAGAGCGCAGCAUCUCUCCACCGGGAGUGCAGGGCAAGAGAAAGGUCUCUUCACCUUCAACCCCCACGGCACCCCUAACCACCCCGUACUCUGCCGAGCAGAUGGAUAGCACCCCCAAGCUGGAGGAAAAGAAAGACUUCCUCCUUAUGUUCAGCCUUACCCAUGUCAGCCCACAGCAGAGGAGAGAUAAAGAGAGGACAGAGGAACUGCUGAGAGCUAUUCAGAGAAAGACUGUGACCUUAGACACUCUCAGAUAUAAUCCUUUUCCGCUGUGCAGAAGUCCUACUGCUCCUUCAACUGGUGACUCCUCCACAGCUCCUCUGCCAUCUCAGUCCAAUGGACACCUGUACCCAGACUCUCCCAGCCCCUCCCCUCCGUACCUACACAAAGCUAUGCACCUCCAUAAUGACACACUCAAACCCUCCAUGGACUCCCAGGUGGCCCGCAUCCCUCCUCCCUUAGCUCCUUGUCAGGAAAAGUCUGAAUCCAUCGAAACUCAAUCAAACAGGAAGCUUCAAACUCUUCAGAACGGCAUCGCUCCUCCUCAGAAAAAGGAGCCCAGUUCUGUGCAUAAUGGACGGAAUCGACCUUGGGAGCGGUUCACAUCCGAGGCCUUUGCUCAGCGAUUUCACCAGACUGUGCUGAAGUCCACAAACAACACACUGCAGAACAAAGGAGUUUCAAAUAAUAUCCACGAGACUGGUGGGAAGUCUGAUCGCUCACAGCCUCACAACAUCUCUCAGCUGAAAACUUCAAAUCUAAAUCAUGGCCCUAUGCAUGCACAUGUCAAUGGCCACCACUUCCAUCCCCUUGCAGUCAGCCAGGAUGCUUCAGCUCCUUGGGACCACCUGUCCGAUGAGGACGAGGAAGAGUCAAGUCAAGAGGAUGAGGAGGAAGAGACGGAAGAAGCUCCCAGGAAGUGGCAGGGCAUUGAAGCUAUUUUUGAGGCCUACCAGCAGUACGUGGAUGAAUGGAGCAUAGAACGGCAGGUUCUUCAAAGUCAGUGUAAAAGACUCGAAGCUCAGAACUACAAUUUGAGCAGAACUGCGGAGCAGCUUUCUCUCACCAUGGGGGAGCUGGUGAGUCACAGGCAGAAGGUGAGGGAGGAGCGGGACAGGCUGCAGGCAGAGCUGGAGCACUUCAGGAUGUGUUUGACACUACCUAACAUCCACUGGGGCAGGGGCCAAGUUAACGGACACACGCCGAGGUGACCUUCGACACAGAGGGUUACGCCUCUGACAGCAAAGGAGCAGUAGUGAGAGCAAGCUGGACCGGAGCCAGGACAUUUGAAGCACUUGAAGGAGCCAGUUGUUUUCAUUGUAACCUCUCUGGCCAGUCAAUCAUGUCACUUGAUCGUUCCCAGAUCCGGUUCGUUACAGUACCUGCCAUGUUGGACACAGCGACUAUAAUCCUUGGCAGAUGGUGACAACAUUCUGUCACCCACAGGUCCUACUACCUAAGUUGGCUUUAAGGACUGUCUACCAUUUAACUGAUUUUCAUAAUAAUUAAACUGCAUCAAUAUGCAUUAAUGACAUGUAUCACUAAGCACACAUCUUCUGCCUCUCUGGACAGCACAAAGACGUGUCCUGCUGUGCAGUGAGGUUUGAGUCGAGGAAUCAAAGCACACCUCAGGCCUUAAACUUGACAAGAUGCACUUGAAAUGUUAUUAAAGGAAUACUUGACAACCCUCUGUAUGAUAAAAAGUUGUUUUGUCUGCUGAGUUCUGUAUUUGACAGACGGAGCACUGUGUGCUGGUAAAAGAUCUACAAAGCAUGGGGGAGCAUCUAAAGUAAAUUUCAAUAAUUGUUUGGGUUUUUUUCUUUCUUUAGUUAUGAUGUUUCAGUGGUAAUGUUUCCUGUGAUAGAUGAAGAGUUUUGUACGUUUUACUGCUUUAACUGUUAACUGUGGGAAGCCAUAUGCUUUUUAUGGAAUUGCUGCUGGUCAGAACAAAAUUGUUUAGAGAAUUAGAGGACAGCACAGCAUGACAGUGAUAUUUUGAAAAACGUUAUAAUAUAAUGUCAAAAUGUUUGGGAGAUAAAAAAUGUCCACCGGGUAUGAAUAAUGACAACUGUCAGUCAUUGCCAUUGUUUUGAUGAUUUACCUAAGGGUCCAUGUCUUAAGUUCUUUACAUGCUUGGGAAAAUACUUUUUUUGGGAGGGUUUCUUGCAAUUCCACGUAAGCUCUUAGAUGAUCGGCAUCUCUGGAGUGAGACUUUGAUUUGGGAGAAUAGCCAGAUCACUUUAUAUUUUUCAUUUCAGGUUUACAGUAUGUUAAAACAGCUAAAUGAAAUGAAUAAAACAAAUUCUGAUUUUUUUUCUAUGUUUGAGGUACACAACCAAAUGAUUGUUUUCAUCUUUAAAGGACAAUAAGCUAUACCCAGUUUAUUUUAAAGAAUCUAUUUUGUUGAAGGCAGGUACAUUUAUGUAACGUUAUACCUAACAUGACCGCUGGGAUAGGCUCCAGCAGACUCCUCUGAUCCUGAUUGGAUUGGAGGGGUUAUAGAAAAUGUUUCAAUGGAUGGAUUACACAUAACAUUAAGUCUCACUUUCUUCUAAUCAGACUAUUAAAAUGUCUUUAAGCACAAGCUACAGCAGCAGUUUCCCUCAAUCCCCUGACUUGCACCCAUGACCUGCUCAGUCUCUUCCACAAACUUUCUGUGAACUCUUGAAAUAUUUGCUUCAAUCACUUGUUAUGUAAUGUAUUAUUUGGGCUGUAUAAUUGCAAUGAAUUAUUUAUUAACAUAUAUAUUGCUGUACAUUCCGAUGGAAAUUUAC